CGCUGCCCUUAGAUUGGGGCCCCCGAUCACUGCACUGCAGAGCCGACAGGGUCAUGUUCAUCCCCUGUACACAGUCUCUGGUCAUCUCCUAUACUAUGUCCGCAGUCUCUGGUCAUCCCCUGUACUAUGUCUGCAGUCUCUGGUCAUCUCCUGUACUAUGUCCUCAGUCUCUGGUCAUCUCCUGUACUGUGUCCUCAGUCUCUGUUCAUCCCUGUACUAUGUCCGCAGUCUCUGGUCAUCUCCUGUACUGUGUCCGCAGUCUCUGGUCAUCUCCUGUACUAUGUCCGCAGUCUCUGGUCAUCUCCUGUACUGUGUCCUCAGUCUCUGUUCAUCUCCUGUACUAUGUCCUCAGUCUCUGGUCAUCUCCUGUACUAUGUCCGCAGUCUCUGGUCAUCUCCUGUACUAUGUCCGCAGUCUCUGGUCAUCUCCUGUACUGUGUCGGCAGU